AUGGCGCACUACUCUCACGCGGAGCUGAAGAGACCGAAGCAAUUCAAUUUCGCGACAGAUGUCGUCGACUACUGGGCAGCCAAUCCGCCUCCGGGCAACGUCGCUAUGCACUGGGUGUCGCAAGACCAGGAGACGGAACGAAUCCUCUCGUUUGAACAUUUCUCGCGUCAAUCCCAGCGCCUUGCCGUAUUGUUCAGGGAGGAAUUGGGCGUGCAAGCGGGGGAGAAGAUGUUGAUUAUUAUGCCCCGAGUGGUCGAAUGGUGAGCGAGAGAAUGGAUUGUCAUUUUCACGAUUGCUGACGGCGGCGCCUCAAGGUGGGAAAUCGCGAUAGCAGGCAUUCGUUCUGGAAUCGUCAUUUGUCCGGCUACGACUCUGCUGGUCGACAAGGACAUCGAGUACAGAGUGCAGCGAUCCGGCGCAUCCGUCUUUCUGGGCGACAGUGUCGCCGUCCAGAAGCUCCUCAAGGUCCGAAAGAAUUGUCCCUCAGUGAAACAUAUCUUCCAGCUCGACGGCAAAGCCUCAAGAGGAGUAGUUCUACUAAGCGAGGCCCUCAAAUCCGUCCCGAAUGAUGCCGAGUACUCCGGACCGAAACCAGAUAUCAAGUCUACAUCGAUGAUCUAUUUCACCUCUGGCACGACCGGACCACCCAAGAUGGUUGCCCAUAACCAGAUUUCAUACCCUCUUGCGCACACGAUAACCGGGAAAUAUUUCCACAGAUUAGAACCAGGCCAUCUCUCCUGGGUCCUGACCGAGCAGGGAUGGGCAAAGGCAGCGUAUGCUUUUCUCGCCGCAUGGAAUUGUGGCGCUGGUCUUUUCAUCCAUGAUGACAGACAGCCGUUCAAUCCUCGGGUCACGCUCGAUAUCUUGCACCGAUACCCAAUCACAACUUUCUGCGCUCCGCCUACCGCAUACCGGCAGCUGGUACUGGAUGAGAUGCGCAAGCACUACAGCCAGAACCCUGCCAAAGCACUCAAGCAUUGCACUGGAGCGGGAGAGCCUUUGAAUCCAGAGGUCAUUCGACUGUGGCUGGAAAAUACAGGACUCGAAAUCUGCGAUGGCUUUGGACAGAGCGAGACGAUCGUUCUUUGCGGCAACUUCAAAGGUUCAACGAUUCGGCCUGGGUCUAUGGGAAAGCCGUCUCCAGGAGUCCCUCUGUUCAUUAUCGACGAGAGUGGCGAAGAGACGGCCAUCGAUGCUGAAGGCGACAUCGCGGUGAAGGUUGACUUGUCGGAGCAAUCGAACUUUUUCGGCGUCUUCGAUGGAUAUCUUGACGAAGGCAAAUUAGACCGCAAGCUACGGCCUGCCAAAGAGAAGGGACAAGCUUGGUAUUCAACCGGGGACAGAGCAACGCGGGAUAAAGACGGCUACUUCUGGUUUGUUGGACGCUCAGAUGAUGUGAUUAAUUCGGCCGGAUAUCGUAUCGGUCCAUUCGAAGUGGAGUCCACGCUGAAGCAGCAUCCAGCUGUGGUAGAGAGCGCAGUGGUGUCCUCGCCCGAUCAAUCUCGCGGCGAAGUCGUCAAGGCCUUCAUCGUUCUCACCGAGCAGGGGGCGAAGCAGGGCCAGACGCAACUUGUCAAAGAGCUCCAGGACUUCUGUAAAGAGAAUGCUGCGCCAUACAAGUAUCCUAGGAAGAUUCAAUUUGUGGACGCAAGGUGAGCUUCCAUAAGCCUAUGACCUGAGAAGAAAACACACUGACUCGUGCAGCUUCCUGCCCAAAACCAUCAGCGGUAAGAUCCAGCGGAAGAAGUUGAAGCAGAUGGAAUGGUCCCACGAUGGCAAGGCCAAGCUGUAG